UUGUUGCUGUUUAAAAGUUCUUCCAAUGUACUGUACAGACACAUUCAACUGCCUUUGUACAGCAGAUGUUUUUAUUGGACCAACCAAGUUGAAUGAGUUGAAUAGAUUUUCCUGUAACGUUUUUCAAAUCGGAAGCUAACUUCCUACUGGUGGAUUGGCGCUCGUUUGUCCCGGUUUGCGUCGUGCGCCACGUCCUCACCGACACCCACCACAGGCGGGUUCACUCCAGAUCAGAGCCAGCAGGGGUCACCGGCAGAGAUGAGUAGAGAGGACUCGUUGUACUUCAUGUUUUAUCAACGGCGCCACCUCUGUGAUGCUGUACUUAGAGUGGGUGACACAGAAUUUCACGUACACAAGAUCAUCUUGUAUGCCUGUAGCCCAUACUUCAGGAAUUUGUUCACUCACUGGUCAGGUCCAGACUGUCGGAUCUUUGACGUGACCGAGGUGUCGUCUGACACGAUGAACCUCAUCAUUGAGUUCUGUUACACUGGAUUUGUUCCUGUCACAGAAGCCAACGUUGAAGAACUGUUUGUAACGGCAGAUCGCUUCGACAUACCCGGCCUUAUGCAAGUCUGCUCCGACUUUUUGGAGAGCAUGCUGAUGCCAGAGAACUGCAUCGGCAUCUGGUUGUUGGCAGACUCGUACUACUACCCCGAACUGAGACACAAGGCUUUAUCCUUCAUCCUGAAACAUUUUGAGAUGGUGGCUGUGGCCUCUAAACAGUUCCCUUUGCUCCCUGUUCAUCAUCUCAUUCAAAUCAUUCAGUGCAAUCAGCUCCUCGUGAAGAAGGAAGAAACUGUGUACGAAGCUGUCCUAAAAUGGAUCUCGUAUUCACUGCAGGAACGAGCAAAAUACAUUUCUCUGCUCUUUCCACACGUCAGACUUGCUUUAAUGGAUGAAAUCUACAUCUGCAAAAAUGUGAUGAAAAACCCCCUGGUGUAUUUAAGCCAAGACGUUCGACUGAUUGUCCUCAAGACGGCAAAAGCUAUCCACCAACACAGCACACAAAAAUUCCUAAAAACCACGCACUGGUACCCUUUGAUUCCUCCCCGACUUCCCCCUGCCUUGAUCUAUGCUAUAGGAGGGUGGAGUAAUGGCAACCCCAUUAGUACCAUUGAGGCAUACAACCCCUGCACCAACCACUGGGUGAACUUAACUUUCACAGAGGAAGCUCCCCGUGCUUACCAUGGAUCUGCUGUCCUCAAUGGGUGUCUUUACUGCAUUGGUGGAUAUGACAGAGUCACACAGCUCAGCUCUGUGAGCAAGUUAGACCUGAAGAUGCACACCUGGCAGGAAGUGUCACCAAUGCACAGAAAACGCUGCUUCGUCAGCGUGACAGUGUUGAAUGGAUUAAUCUAUGCACUAGGGGGAUACAAUGGACUCCGAAGACUUGAAAGUGCUGAACGCUUUGACCCCAAAAGAAACCAGUGGACAUUCAUUUCAUCAAUGCACGAGCGAAGAAGUGAUGCCAGUUGCGUAUCCUUCGAUGGCAAGGUAUACAUCUGUGGAGGCUUCACAGGGAUGCAUUGCCUGGCAACAGUUGAGUGUUAUGACCCAAGAACUGACCAGUGGACGAUGAUGGCCUCUAUGAGCAGCCGGCGCAGUGGUGUUGGAGUCGCUGUCUAUGAAAACCAAAUAUUUGCGAUUGGUGGUUUCAGUGGAACGGAGCGCUUAGCAACUGCUGAGGCCUACAAUCCCAACACCAACGCCUGGGAAACUGUGAGGCCCAUGCUGUGUCCUCGCAGCAACUUUGGCAUCUCAGUGAUCAACAGCUGCCUCUUUGUAGUGGGAGGCUACAACGGCAACCACACCACCAUGGAGGUUGAGUUCUACAACAGCCAAACCAACAAGUGGACUGAUGCCCGUGACAUGGCGGUUUCCCGCAGCGCACUGAGCUGCUGCAUGGUAGAAGAACUCAACGACAUCAUGGAUUACAUCACACCCUUUUCCCCCCUUCUAGCACUACCGACUGCAAUGCAGUAGAUGGAGGGAUGAAAUAAAUGCAAGCAGAGUAAAGCACAAUGUCAAAUAAACCUAGUUGGUGCAUCCUU